AUGACGCAGUAUUGCAUUGGUCUUGCAGCAGACCCUUUCAGUGUUAGUGGCUACUACUGCUGCAGCCACCAGCAGGAAGAGUGCAAUGGUAAUCCUACUCAAGUGGGAACUGCUCUUCAGGUUUUCCAUAACCUUGGGACUUUGAAGGAUACCAUUGCUAAUGUGGUGGAUGGAUACUGCACAGUCCUGGAGGAGAACAUAAAAAAUGCUUUGGAUAUCAAAGUAUUGACCCAACCAUCUCAAACUGUUACAAGAGGUGGCCCUGGUAGAGCUGCUAUGCCAACACCUGGGAACACAGCAGCUUUUCGAGCAGCCCUCUGGACAAAUAUGGAGAAGCUCAUGGAUCAGAUCUGUGCUGCUUGUGGACAGGUGCAGCAUUUGCAGAAAGUAUUGACAAAGAAAAGAGAUCCUGUGUCACAUGUCUGCUUCAUAGAGGAAAUAGUUAAGGAUGGCCAGUCUGAUAUUUUGUACAAAUUCUGGACUGCAGUAACUCAGACACUUUCCUCUCAGUUUCAGUCAGCAACAGACUCCUCUAUGUUUUUGAAACAAGCUUUUGAAGGAGAAUACCCUAAAUUACUGAGGCUUUAUAAUGACUUGUGGAAGCGCCUGCAACAAUAUAGUCAAAAUAUUCAGAGGAAUUUUAACACAAGUGGAACUACUGAUCUCUUUGCUGAACUGCAACAAAUGGAAGAAGAUACACAGGACAUAUUCAUGAAAAAAACCCAAGAUUAUGAUCCAGAAAAGGCCUUGAAAGAUUCGCUGCAACAAUAUGAAGCUGCUUAUUUGUCAAAAUCCUUAUCUCGACUCUUUGACCCCAUCAAUCUUGUCUUCCCUCCUGGAGGUCGGAAUCCUCCUUCUUCUGACGAGCUUGACAGCAUCAUUAAAACUAUAGCCAGUGAGCUAAAUGUGGCUGCUGUUGAUCCGGACCUGAGUUUAGCUGUGGCAAAAAAUGUGGCAAAGACCAUUCAGCUCUACGGUGUAAAGUCUGAGCAGCUU